UUCAAACCAACAUUCAGAGCUCCUAUUGGCCAGUCGUUUCGCUCGCGAGGGUCCUCGCGCACAGGCUUGCCAAGGGGUUUAUUGUGUUGAGAAGAAAAUUGCCUCAGACCUCGCUAAUUCUAGACGAACGCAGCGCUCGACUUGACGGUGAAAAUGGCAGGAGGAAAGGCUGGAAAGGACAGUGGCAAAGCCAAGGCAAAAGCAGUGUCCCGCUCACAAAGGGCAGGGCUACAGUUCCCGGUGGGUCGUAUCCACAGACACUUGAAGACCCGCACAACAAGUCAUGGGCGUGUUGGAGCUACGGCUGCAGUCUACAGUGCUGCCAUCUUGGAGUACCUCACUGCUGAGGUUUUGGAGUUGGCUGGGAAUGCCUCCAAGGACCUCAAGGUGAAGCGCAUUACUCCUCGUCACUUGCAGUUGGCCAUCCGUGGGGAUGAGGAGUUAGACUCUCUCAUCAAGGCCACCAUUGCUGGAGGAGGUGUGAUUCCACACAUCCAUAAGUCGUUGAUUGGGAAGAAGGGUCAACAGAAAACGGCAUAGAGAAGAGUGCGGCCCUGAGUUUGUCUGGCUCUCGUUACGGCUGGGACCUGGCAGGUGGCGGGAACAGUCCGGACCGGGAGUUCACACGCUUUCUCUUUCUAUUUUUAUGUUAUUAUUAUUUUUUGUAAUUGUAGUAAAAGGUGAAAGUGUUAGAUUUUAAGUUGUAUUAUUUCGGAGAGAAGAAAAAGCCAAAAAGGAAAAUUUGUACGUUUUAGUUUGACAGAAGGUAAAAAAAAAAAUUGAUUGGCCUAAAACUUCAAAAAUGUUUUAUACUGAAAUUAAAUUCUUAAACCAUGUUUUACAAAACAGUA